CAGCAUAUAAAGCAUUGGAUACCCGACUAUACCAUAGCAUAGCAUUCACUACAAUAUUAGAGCUCAUCUGAAGGACACAAUAAUCAUCACAAUAAUAAUAAUCGCAUUUCUCCUGUCUUUCAAUCAUUUCAUCCAACUUUUCUCGUCAUUAACUGUAACUCAUUGAGUGUAUGGACACCAAGAAGUCUUCACUCAUACUCACAGAUCACUUGAUUUGGUGGUAACCCAUGAACAGCUCGCAGUCGUACAGUGAAUGCAAUCGCAAAGCAGUUGACAAUUGAAUGGAAAUCUCGAGUGAAUGACAGUAUAAUUGGUUUGCAUUUGUGUUGUGCUAUACAUUGCGUUCAAACAAUCAGUAGUUUUGAGCAAAACUUUUAAUUUAUUCAAUAAUAAUAAGAGUAAUAAUCAUCAAAAGACUGACAAACGAUGGUUCAGUUGGUGUGCAAGUGUCUCAACGUUGGCAUCCAUUGCAAGGAAAGCCAAUUGAUCUCAAAGCGAGCCAAUGAUGACAAUGGGGUCGCCGACGACCAACUCGAUGACCACUUCCUGAAGGACACGGUGUGGAUGACACUGGCGUUGGCCGGCAUUACCAUGGAACACGACUAUCUGUGUUGGACACGUAUUGUGGGCCAGUGGGCGAUAAAUCACUGUUGCAUUUGCGGGACUGACACUCACGCCACUCAUAUCAAUAACGAUAAUCAAAGACGAAUAUUAGUCAACAUUAACUUAGAAGUAAAUAUCGCUAUAAAUACU